AUGAAUACUAAUGCUUAGCAGAGAUUAUAAUAACAGCAUUCUAUUAAUUUACAAUAACAGUAAUCGUAGUAAUAAAAUCGCAUUGAUGAUUAGCAAAUUCCAUAAGGCUUUUAGCUUGAAACUAAAAUUAGAUUAUUGAUAUAAGAAAUCGUUGAUCCAGCUUUAAAGAAGACUGAAGAAUGUGUAAAACAAACUGAGUAUUUUAGCUAAGUUUUAGAUGAGAACAACAAAAAAUUUGAUCAUUGCUAUGAUGUUUAUGAAAUACUUAAUGAAAAGAUAAAAAUUAGAUUCAACGAACUAGAUGCAUUAACUUAAAAAGUUGCUUAAAUAGAUAGCGACUAAAUUAUUAAUAAUGGCCUUAAUAAGCAGGAGUAAAAAGAAUUAAGAUAAGAAAUAUCAGAGUUAAAAGAAAGCAUUUCUUAAAAAUCUGAAUAAAUAUAAUAACUAUAAAUAGCAAAUGAGAAACUAUCAGAUGAAUUGAUCAAGGCUAACAACAAAAUUUUAGACAAUAAAGGAGAAUAUUAAGAAAAAAUGGGAGAGUUUAUCAAAAAUCAUUUCUCAGGAUUUACAAACAUAUAAAAGGAGUUUUCUAAAAUAAAAGAAGAGUUUAUUAUGUCAAGUAGGGGCAUGGAGUAUUACAAACAAGUGUUUGAUGAAUUACAAAGUACUUUGGAUUUAUAUAAAGUAGAAAGAGUUGAUUUGAAGAAAAAGAUAGAGUCUAUUAUUAAUUAAAUUGAUGAUAAAGUUAAACAAGAAGAAUUUAACAAUUUUUGUGAAAGAAUAGAGCAUUCUUUGGUUAAUGGAAAUGAUGAAUUAAGACUUUAGUUAUAAAAAUUCUAAAAAGAAACAGAAUCUUAAAUUAUGAGUCAUAAAACAGUUAUUAGUAGCAUUAAGCAAAACGAAUAAGUUUAUACCUAAUCUAUCAAAGAUCUUCACAAUUUGAUUAAUGAAGCAAGAGUUAAGGCAGAUUCUUCUAUUCAUGCAAUUUAAUGUGAGAGCACAGAAAUGAAAAAUGAAUAAAAAUUUAUAUAGAAAUCCAUAGAAGAUAUUAAUACCACUUUGGUAGCACAAUCUAACAUUACAAAUGAGAUUAAAUAAAAUAUUAGAAAAGAACUACUUAAAUUUGACUAACUUGUGGGAGAUUUAUCUAGAAACCAGCAGCAAUCAAUUGAUGAAACUGUUAGUAAUUCUAUCAAAAAUCUUAAAUCUGAGAUUAAUAAAGAUCUUGAGGAAUUAACAAAAUAGAUCAAGAAAGAUAUUAAAAAUUCUGUUAAAGUUGAAAAGGAAACAAUUGCCUAAAACUCAAUAGAAAGGAAUGAUGUAUCAUUUUAAAAUGGGAAUGGUGAUUUGAGCAACGAAGCAACAUUAGUUGAAUCUGCACGCGGUAAAGAAAAAAUAGAUACAGAGAUGCCAUAAUUACACUCAGUAUCAUAAGAACAAAUAGAAUAAAUAGCACAAUUAUAAAUAGAAAAAUUAGUGCCUUAAAUGAUUUAAAGUGAAAUUAACAAAGAUGCAAAUCUAAAAAAAGAUUUUGAAUAAAUGAUACAAAGAUCACAAGCUCUAUUGAUGAAUUAAAUUGAACAAUAUAUAAAAAAAAAUAUGGUAACUGAAAGUUCUCUAAAUGAUAUUAAAAGAGAUAUCCUAAAAAUAGAGGACCUAAAGAGUUAAAUGUUGAACAUAUUUAAUAUGAUGAAAACAGAACAUGAAGAAAUGAAUGAAAAAGUAGAAAAAAUGACUUACAAGCUUACAACUUUAUAGUCUGAUAUCACUAUCGAAAAUGAAUUUAUAAAUGGAUAAAUUAAAAAAGUCAUUAAAGACAAAGAUAGCAUAUUUAAGAGUUUAAGAUCUCUUUGCCAACUUAGUUCUACACUCUCCGAAAAUCAAAACAUCCUGAACUCCAUCUUUCUUCAAUAGGAAUUUGAGAAAAGGUUAUCUUAAGAUAUGUUUGAUAACUUUAAUAAUACUGUUCCAGCAAGAUAUUAUUCUCAUGUAGAUGGACUCAUUUUUGAAAUAGGGAAUGAAUAAAGUAGGACACAUCCAUGUAAGAUAAACUAUAGAUAAUUAACUUUGGAAAAAUAUGACUUGAUUAGACAUAGCAUGGGAUGCAUAUAAAAUGUUUGGGAAUAAAUUUUGCAAAAUAAUGGUGAAGAUUUUAUUGAUAUUACUCCAGGCAAAAUAUUUAAAUCAUAAAUGAUGCCUAAAAUAAAAUACGAUUUAAAACCUGUUAGAGCUUAAACCUCUGGAAAACAAAAUCCCAGAGCAAAUAAUUCUGAUAUGAUGAAUAAGUCUUUAUUACUUGAGAGCAAUAACAAUCAUAAUAUGAAUAAAACUUUUAAUGCGCCUUAAAUUACAAAUACAAGUAACUAAUUUUAGAGUAUUCCAAGUGUAAAGCCCUCUGAUGUAGACUAAAUAGAUGGAAAAAAGAAAAAAAAUAACCCUAUCUCACUAAACCAUAGAAAAUUGCUUAAAAAUCUAAAAGAUUUCAACUAAGCCCAUUUAAUAAACUUAUAAAAGUAAAUUACAAAACCUUAAACAGUUGAAAAGCAGUUUAGAAAAUAAUCUAGUAGUACUAUUUAACAAGAAAUGCACAAAGUAAAUCUAACAUUUUUAAAUAAUAAUAAUGAUACAUUAAAAAAUAAUUAUACUGAAAAUUGA